UCUUUUCUGGACCCUGUCGCUUUCCGUUAUUCUAGGAAGUGCUGGUACAGUGUUUAGCAUAGCACUACUGGUUCAAAUUAAGAUAUUUACUGUUUAACGUGGACUAAAAUAAGGUCUAAAAAUGUCUGGGGGAACCCGUUUGGAGAACGCAAACCCUGUGAUUUUCCAGCGGUCGGGGGAGAGGCUGUUGACAGCGUCAGAGGAGGAUGAAGACGUUCAUGACCCCAUCGACGACAGAGAAAUAUUCGAUCUGAUCAGAUCCAUUAACGACCCAGAGCAUCCUCUGUCUCUGGAGGAACUCAAUGUGGUGGAGCAAGUCAGAGUCAAGGUUAAUGAUGCAGAGAGCACUGUGGGCGUUGAGUUCACACCCACCAUCCCCCACUGCAGCAUGGCAACACUCAUCGGUCUGUCAAUCAAAGUCAAGCUGCUUCGCUCCCUGCCAGACAGGUUCAAAAUUGAUGUCCACAUCACUCCUGGCACUCAUGCCUCAGAGGAAGCAGUGAACAAACAGCUGGCAGACAAAGAGAGAGUGGCUGCAGCUCUGGAGAACUCCUCGCUGCUAGAGGUGGUCAACCAGUGUCUGUCCACCAGGAACAUCUGAGAAGCCAGUCAGCUUUGUUUUUCUGUAUUUUUCUCUCAGCCUCUGAUUUUUGCAGCAGAACUCCCUGAACUCUCUGCCCUCUGAACAGUCAGGCAUGCUUGGCUCUUUCUUUGACAACUGAGAUGCAUCUGCCGAGCUGUCUUGUCUGUCCACCUGUCACCAAUCUUGGCAUAAAUAGCUGCAACUAGUGCACACUGAUGCAGCAAAACAAAGUUAGGAUCGUACAGAUCCAGUGUUUCCUGGAUACAAGCGCAGGGAAACCCUUUCUCGGCUGUGUCUACCGAAAGAGAAUAAUAUAUAAUGGUCUGAACAAAGCAGAGAAGCUAUUCCAUUUGUGAUUUUACGGGUUCCAAUGUGGAAAAGUCGGAGAAAUUCAAAUUCUUCAUACAGGUUAAUGCCUGUGUUGUAUUAUGCCAUCUGCUCAGAGUCUGCAGAAACAAUUGUUAUUUGUACAUAAUAUUAUUUCUUUUGAAAUUUUAUUAAAAGUUUACACAGUAGUAAUGAAAAAAUCA